ACGCCGCUUCCAGUCAAUGUCGCGUUUAAAAUUUUUGGAAUAAUCGACUAAACAUAUCGUGGUAGUCAGUAGUAAACCAUGUGGUCUCACAGUCAAUGUAAUAACUAAACGGAUUAAUUAUUUAUUUUAUCAAAAUCAUCAGUACAAGUGCCUCUAAAAUAGUUAUAUUAGUCUAGAAGACGUAUUAGCAGGGCAGCAAAAGUCACAAAGUCUCUCAGUAUAAAGUGACUUAUUUUCUCUCGUCAAAACUUCAUCAAUAAUUCUUACUAAUUUUAUCAAACACAUAUCAAAAAAAUGGCGAAUUUCCGUGGAUUUAAUAUUCCAACAUUCGGAGCAACAGUAAACGUGAUGUGGGAAACAUUAAAAGCUAAAUGGCCAGAAAAUAGCCCUUGUAUGGAAUUAAUUCGGGGUCCUGAGCCAGGCUAUCGUCCACGACAAACAGAAGAGGGGUUCAAACCUUACGGAGAGGGUGGAGAACACACUGAAAUGACAGAGAUGAAUGGGGAGCAGGCGUUUGGGGGUCAAGAUAGUAUGGGAAUGGCAGAGGAUUCUUUUAGUUACCAGAGAAAUGGUGAUAAAGUCAGAGGUGGAAGUGUGAGUAGUGGAGAAUUUAGUGAAUAUGACGACGGCGGAGAGUUUGCUUCAGGAGUAAAAAUCAACGAAUGGCAAGCAGCAUGGAACGUCACCAAUGCCAUUCAGGGUAUGUUUAUCGUCUCUCUUCCCUUUGCGGUUCUUCGUGGUGGUUACUGGGCCAUAGCGGCGAUGGUAGGAGUAGCCCAUAUUUGUUGUUACACAGGAAAGAUUCUAGUCGAGUGCCUUUAUGAGUUGGACACCGUGACUGGACAAAGAGUUCGUGUUCGAGACUCGUAUGUGGCUAUAGCAAAAGAGUGUUUUGGACCAAGAUGGGGAGCACGUGCUGUUAACAUCGCUCAAAUAAUAGAACUGCUCAUGACAUGCAUUCUCUACGUCGUCGUUUGUGGAGAUUUAAUGAUUGGAAGCUAUCCAGAAGGUGCUAUAGAUGCUAGAAGCUGGAUGAUGCUCAUAGGAAUUUUUCUUAUUCCACUCGGUUUUCUCAAAUCACUUCAUGGGGUCUCAGUUCUCAGUUUUUGGUGUACAAUGUCUCACAUCUUCAUUAAUGUCAUCAUUCUAGGCUAUUGCCUGUUAGAAAUAGGUGAUUGGGGUUGGUCUAAAGUCAAAUGGACUAUUGAUAUGGAAACCUUUCCAAUCUCUCUAGGAGUAAUUGUUUUUAGUUACACAUCUCAUAUAUUUUUACCAACUCUAGAAGGAAAUCUCAUGGACAGAUCUAAAUUUGAUUGGAUGUUAAACUGGAGUCACAUUGCAGCUGCAAUUUUUAAAUCAGUUUUUGGUUGGAUCUGUUUCUUAACUUUUCAAAAUGACACUCAGCAAGUUAUAACAAAUAAUCUCCAUUCACAAGGUUUUAAAGGGCUAGUGAACUUUUUUUUAGUUAUUAAAGCUAUUCUGUCUUAUCCUCUACCUUAUUAUGCUGCUUGUGAACUUCUAGAAAGAGCCUUUCUACGAGGCAGGCCUAAAACUAUCUUCCCAACAAUUUGGACUGUUGAUCAUGAGCUAAAAGUUUGGGGUCUUGCCUGGAGAGUUGGUGUAAUUGUUUUUACUAUUCUCAUGGCUAUUUUUAUUCCUCAUUUCAGUAUACUUAUGGGAUUCAUUGGAUCAUUUACUGGGACUAUGCUUUCUUUCAUUUGGCCUUGUUAUUUUCAUUUAAAACUAAAGAGGAGCUCGAUGGAGAUGAAAGACGUUGCUUACGAUUGUUUUGUUAUAUUUUUAGGAGUUCUCUUUGGUGUUAUUGGAGUUUAUGAUUCAGGGAAAGCACUUAUAAAAGCUUUUGAAAUUGGUCUUCCAUUUUAAAUACUAAAAUAAUUGAGAGAAUAUUCAGAUAUCUCGUUUUAAAUUGAAUAAAGAGAAUAAAAAACUUUGAUUAUCGAAGGAUG